AUGCCGUUUCAAGGUCCUAAACCCAAAAACAGCCUGAGGACCAAUAGAAAUGGCAAUCAAAAACCCACAGUGCCUCAUUCAUCUGCCUUCAGUGGGCUCUCUGAUAGACCUGUAAAAACUUAUGGCAAGAAAAACAAACCUACAGGUCCCUUAGGCUCUCCAUAUCGCAACCCUGUGUUGGCUGACUCUCAGAAAAGGAGAUUAAGAGAGCUGGAAAACAAUGAUAUUAAAGAAACAAAAGACAUCAUCUCCAAGGUGUUUUCCAAGCGGUCUAACGAUCCACACAUGAUAGAUACCGAUCUCGAAUUUGAAAUAGAAGAAGACCUCUUUGGUGGACCGCUGCUACAAAAUAAGGACGACUUGGAGAUCAAAAGUAUCCAUCAUUCUCCUAGAUCGGAACGCAAAAUGUUUUCUACAAAUACUUCGUUGAAUCGCAAAUUAAUAGCAUCAUCGCCAACAACUAGUAGGACCAGCAGUCCAACUAAGAUGACAAUCACACAUAUAACAGGAACUAAGUCUACAGUAUGGGAUUCAUCGCCGCCACCGCUUUCACGACCCUUUUUAAAAGCGUUAAACGACAUUAAAAGUAUAUCAAAAGAUGAUUUUAAUGACGACGAUGACGAUGACGAUGAAGAAGAUUUAAAGGAAAAACAGCAACAAAUAGAGCGGCAAAAGAAAAAGAAAGAAGAACAAAAAAAACGCAGCAUGGAACGACAGAAGCAAAUGGAAAAGCAAUUAGAAAAUCAAAAGGAUGGCAAGUCAAAGGAAUCUUUUUUUACACCUGCUGCUCGAACAACUAGCUCGUUCGGAAACUUCUUUAAAGGCCAAAAAGCAAAAAAAACUUCUAGUUCCAACUCAAAAUCUUCUUCACCAAUUCCGAAUAACGAAACCAAUUCAAAAUCUCCAAAUGCAAAAAACCCACCACCUAAAGAAAAGAAAAAACCACAAGUGGACGCACUUCAAGGCCUCUCACAAGUCAUAAACGGAAGGGAAUUGAACGAUCUUAUCAAAAACAUUGACAUGUCGGAAGAGUCCAGAGCCAUCUACGACAAGGCCUUGCGGAUUGCAGAGGGAGGCAACAUGACAGAUGAUUCGGAUAGUUUUAUCGAUGAUGAUGAAGACAGCAUGGCCAUGGAUGACAGUCUGGUAGCAGGUCGCGGAUACGACUAUUAUGUGAAAGAACAACGGAGGAUCAUUGCAGAAGGCCGUAAGAAAAAAUACCCCGAUACCCUAGAUUUCCCCAAAAUUCGUACACGCAUCCUCUCAAUCCUCGAGGAAGUCAUGCGCAUCAUUAAAGGCGAUGUUUUUUCGUACAACCAGGAAAUCGUGCAGUCGUCGUUGAAUGCGUUUUUGCGGCACAAGCUGGUGGAAAAACGCAUUGUUGCUAAUGGAUUCGAGGUUGCCCAAAUCAAGUCCGCACGCCAAGAUCUGUCCACAGACUCGGAACAGGUUGCAGAAGAAAAAAAUACCAUUCGCCAAAUCGUUCAAGGCGUCGAGCGCAUGUCUGAUUGGGAAUUGGCUCGAGAGUAUAGAAACGGAACAGCGUUGUCAGUAAAGGAGAUUCUGGCACUACGGCUACGUUCAGACGCUGGGUAUUAUGGACCGGCUACCAAGGAUCUCAUUAUCAAAAUGGUCUCAGAGUCAUGUUUUGACCAGCUCACAGAUAUUGCUACAAUGCAUCGCCGGCGUAAGCUUAGAUCUGCUGAAGAAAUUAAAAAGAUUUACGAAAUGCAGAAGAAAACAGAGUUACAACAAUCAUUUAACGGUGCUCAGAACCUGAAAAUGGAUAGCUUAUCGUCGUUACUGGGAGGCUCUUCUUCAUCUCAAGAGAUUUCACUAUCCCAGCCUAACUUAUCCCAAUCUGAUGUUUCUCAGCAAGAGCAGCCAGAAACCUCACAGACAGCACCAAAUCAAUCAACUAUAGAACAUAAGUCUGACACUCAACCAGAUCAUCAAUCCAUAGAUAGCAGCAGCGUUCCAGCCAAGCGACAAGAUACAAUUAUAUCUGCUUCACAAUCCUCGUUUGUUUUACCGCCACCACCAAAUCUCUGGUGGCUAAACGUUUUUGGUAUUCCAAAUUACAUUUCCUAUAUUCUUUCACCAGAAAUCAUCACAAGGCUGAUUGAGCAAGAUAUUAAGGAUAACAUCAAUACAGCGCGCAAUGUUUUACAAGAAAGUACAGCUUAUGGUAAUGUCAAAUUCCCCGUGCGAUCCAUUAUCGAUUCAAUGGGCAACAAUCGCGACAAGUCUACCCUUUUAUAUAAUGAUAGCAUUGAAAUUGAAGACGACAGUGGGUUUGAAGAGUAUGACGACGAGCUCGAAUACGAUGAUAUAGAGGAUGAUGCAAAAGGAGGUCCAGACAAAAAGUCAACAGACAAAGAUGACGAUAUCAUAGUUCUUCCGAGAGAUCCAAAGCCACGAACACGAUCAAGGAAAAGGAAACCAAGCACUACUGGGUCCUCUGGGGUUCGCCAAAUGAAACUCAAUAUGGGGCCGCCUGUGAAAACUGCGCCGGAUGCUAAUAAAACAAAAGACCAUAAAUCUGAGUCUCCUGAAAUCACAGUUACUGCAACCACAACCGCGACUGCGACUGCGACUGCGACUGCGACUGCGACUGCGACUGCGACUGCGACUGCGACUGUACCAACACGUCCGCUGCGGCGGCAGUUAAAACGAGCAGCUGUUGAUUCUUUAAAUUCUACAACAGAUAAUGCUUCAGAUAUUGCCUUGGAAGAGGAAUUAGAAAAGCUUACCAAGAUAACCACAGCAGAGCAAAAGAAAAAUCCAAGAAAGAGGAAACAAUCGCGUAUACUAAUAGGCCAAUACGAAUCUGGAGAUGAAGAUGAGGAAGACACUACCAGCAGUAGCAGCGAUGAUGAUAAAGAUGAAGACUAUCAAGAGUUUACGUCGUCUAAGCGUGCCCGCCGAAAUCGUAGCGGUGGCCGCAGUAGUACUCCAGUAUCAUCUGGGAAAAUGCCAACGUCAUCUGCUGGGUCACCGCACAAAAAUAAGGAAAAUACCAAUACCAAUACCAAUGAUAUGGACCUAAGUGACCAGGAUGACUAUAACAAACCGCCGCCUAGUUACCAGCGAACGCUUGGUGUUGGGCUUGGUUCUGAUUCCAAGUCUCGCAAAACGUCAUCAAAAGAGAAUUUUUACUCCAGUGAUGAAGAUGAAAAAGCAAAUGAUUUACAAGUUGUUUCUUCCUCAUCGUCUACAAAACCUGUUACUCGCAGCCGGCGGAUUCUUACAAGUACUGCAUCUUCCCGGGCGGCCCAAAAACAAAGUGAAUCUGGUGGAAGCAACAACAGCAACACCAGCAACAAGAAGACAGCAUCUUUGGCGCCAACAUCUGGUGAAGGGAACCAACCAAAGCUGACUGAUUUUUUCAAUGCUGGUUCCAAGACAGAUAAGAAACGAGUUUCUACUGCUUCAGCGACUGGUGCGUUUGCAAAACCUGAAUUUGCGAAAAAGACAGAAGAAGCUUUGGAUCUUGCAGUAGAAGAAGAAAAUAGUGAUGAUGAAGAUUUGUUUUGA